CAAGCUUGCGGCUCGAGUUGUCUGACGAUGGUGGCGACCAAGAGCGAUCCGAACUGCGUUGAGCCGGCGUGCGCUGACAAGAUGGACUUCUUCAAGAGCUCCAUGGGCAAGAAGACGAAGAAGACGGCAACGCAGCCCAAACCAGCCACCGAUUGUCCGCUGGAUCGCCAGGAGUUGGGAAACGCUACGUGGGGACUGCUUCAUUCGAUGGGCAUUUACUACCCGGACAAGCCGUCACCCGAGUACCAGGCCAAGGCUAAGACAUUCAUAGAGGCGCUUGCGCUCAUGUACCCUUGUGUACACUGCGCCGAAGAUUUCCAGAAGGAGGUUGCCAUAUCUCCACCAAGGGUGGAGUCGCGAACGACGUUCUCGAUGUGGCUGUGCGAACAGCACAACAUUGUGAAUCGCAAGAUCCACAAACCUGUGUUCGAGUGUACAAUGGAGAAACUAGAGGAAAGAUGGCGGAAGGGCAAGCCUGCGUGCUGGGGUGAAGAUGGCGAUGAGGAUUCGGCCCAGGACUCGCUGCACUAACUGACUGCAAUGCAACAACGCGUGACAAGAAAGAAGUGGUAUGAAACACAUCUUGUGUGACAAUGUUGGAUGUCCUCAUGCUCUGAGCAAAGCUAUUAACGUUAAUUAGUACCGGUUUAGCACAAAGCUGUCCUGCUAUCA